UACUAGUGCAAUUUCUGAUUUCUCAUUCCUAAUUGCCGCAGCUCUCUCUCAUAGAAAACAAAGACCAAACCAAAUAUAUAAAUAAGGGACAGCCUAACUGCAGAUCAAGUCGAAGAUUGAGAAGGAAUCUUUUGUCAAGAGUUGACCGCCAAAACCAAGAAGUAAAGAGCUUUGAUGAGCUUAUGGGGCUUAAAAACUGCCUAAAUUCAAGGCAGUUGCUAACAGGCUCCACCCGAAACUGGUGAAGUUAGAGCAAGUGGGUGUGUUCCAAAACUUGAAGUUCUGUUAUGCUUGUUGUAUAUAAAGGAAGAAAGGGAGUCUCUUGUUUUGUUAGUGCUUUGUUCUUUCCUCCUUGAGUCUAGAGUUCACAUAGAAAGAUGGAUUUCUUGAGCUGUAUAAUAUGUCUUUGCCUCACCUGGAUCAUAAUCCAAGCCUUCCUUAUUAUUUUAAGAAGCAAAGCAAUUCCCAAAAAGCUUCCACCAGGUCCAAAACCUUUUCCAGUAAUUGGAAACCUCUUAGACCUUGGUGACAAGCCCCACAUGUCCCUAGCUAACCUUGCCAUGGUUCAUGGCGCUAUAAUGAGACUACAACUAGGCCAAGUAACCACAAUAGUCAUUUCUUCAGCAGCCCUGGCCAAAGAAGUCCUCCAAACACAUGACCAAUUCUUAUCCAACAGAUGGGUGCCAGAUGCUUUUCAUGCCUGCAGACAUGAUGAGUUUAGCUUGCCAUUGAUACCCGUCUCAACACGGUGGAGAAACCUUCGUAGAAUAUGCACGGAACAACUAUUCUCCAACAAGAUACUAGAUGUCAAUCAAGACAUCCGCCGCAAGAAAGUGCAGGAUCUCCUUGCUGAUAGUCGACAAAGCAGCCUAACCAGUGAGGCAGUAGACAUUGGCAGAGCAGCUUUCAAGGCGACGGCUAACAUGUUAUCAAACACAAUCUAUUCGAUGGAUAUGGUGGACUCCAAAUCUGACCAAACUAAAGAGUUGAAGGAGCUGGUGUGGAAUGUCAUGAAAGAUGCAGGGAAACCAAACUUGGCAGAUUAUUUUCCUGUGCUUAAGAAGAUUGACCCCCAAGGCUUAAGGCAUAGUGUGGCAGUGAACUUUGGAAGGAUGUUAGACCUCUUUGACAACAUAAUUAGCCAAAGACUGCAUUUGAGAAAAAUGAGUGGUUCUAACAUGAACAAUGAUAUGUUAGAUACCCUUCUCAACAUCAGUGACAAAAACAGUGAGGAGAUGGACAAAACUAAGAUAGAACGUCUAUUCCUGGACCUAUUUGCUGCUGGCACUGAAACAACUUCAAACACACUGGAAUGGGCUAUGGCGGAGCUACUACACAAUCCAGAGGCAUUGUCAAGAGCCAAAGCAGAGCUGGAGCAAGUCAUUGGCAAAGGCAACCAAGUUCAGGAAUCAGAUAUUCUUCACUUACCUUACUUACAAGCAAUAGUCAAAGAAACAUUGAGGUUGCACCCACCAGUUCCUUUCUUACUCCCCAGGAAAGCUAGAGCAGAUGUAGAAAUCAAUGGCUACAUUAUCCCAAAAGAUGCACAAGUACUAGUAAAUGCAUGGACUAUAGGCCGAGACCCGAGCUCCUGGGACAAUGCAAAAUCAUUUAUGCCAGAGAGGUUCUUGGAAUUGGAAAUUGAUGUUAAAGGCAGGAACUUUGAGCUUAUACCAUUUGGUGGUGGAAGAAGAAUAUGUCCUGGUUUGCUAUUGGCUAUUCGAAUGUUGCCCUUGAUGUUGGGUUCACUUAUCCAAGCCUUUGAUUGGAAACUUGAAGAUGGGGUUAAACCUGAGGAUUUGAACAUGGAAGAUAAGUUUGGCAUCACCUUACAGAGAGCUCAUCCUCUAAGAGCUGUCCCUAUUCCAGUUUGAAAAUAUUGGCCCCUAUUAUCCAAUUCUGAUUGUGAAAUCAGUUGGAGAAAUGUACUUGGGGUGACUAUGUAAUAUAUUUUUGCUGUUUUUGUUG